ACUGUGAUCAUAGUAGAGAUGCUGGUGUCGUCUGUUCAGACUCAGAGCGAGGACUUCGACUUGUGGACGGGUUUCACCUGUGUUCAGGGAGAGUGGAGAUGCUUCGUACAGACGGAUGGAACACAGUGUGUGCCGCUGCCUUUGACCAGCAGGAUGCAGAGGUUGUGUGUAGAGAGCUGGACUGUGGGGCUCCUGUACAGGUGCUGGGAGAAGAUACUUUUGGCAAAGGAGACGCUCAGAUGUGGACACAAGAGAUUCAGUGCAGAGGAAAUGAGUCUCAGAUUCACCUCUGUCCAACAUCACCAUCACACAAACACAACUGUUCUUAUGACAAUAAUGUGGGAGUGAUUUGUUCUGGUUACACAGAUCUCAGACUGAUGAACGGUUCAGACUCUUGUUCUGGAAGAGUGGAGCUCCGGUUUCUAAAUGAAUGGGGCACAGUGUGUGAUGCAUGCUGGGAUAUGAGAGCUGCCAGUGUCCUCUGUAGACAGCUGAAUUGUGGGAUUGCUGUGUCUGUUGUGGGAUCAGACUGGUUUGGAGAGGGAAGUGGUGAAAUCUGGGCUGAUGUGUUUGAUUGUGACGGGAAUGAAACAAAACUCUCAGAAUGUCCCGUCUCUUCAUGGAGUCGAGCUGAACGUUCUCAUGGACGAGAUGUUGGAGUCAUUUGCUCUGAGAGUGAAGCUCAUCUGGGAAACUGCAGCUCUCCACACACUCUCAACUGCAGCUCCACACAACAGCUGUCAAUCAAAAACUUUGGCCGCGGGUCCAUCAGGCUGGUGGGUUCUGGGGGAGACUGUGCAGGGAGGCUGGAGGUUUUUCACAGCGGCUCAUGGGGGACAGUGUGUGAUGACUCCUGGGAUAUUAAAGAUGCCCAUGUGGUGUGCAGACAGCUGCAGUGUGGAGUGGCCCUCAGUAACCAGCAGGUACCAGCCUGGUUUGGUCCUGGUUCUGGACACAUAUGGCUGGAUGAGGUGGAGUGUGAGGGGAAUGAGACGUCCCUGUGGAACUGCUCUUCAGGCUGGGAGAAACAUGACUGUCAACACAAGGAGGAUGUAGGAGUCGUGUGCUCAGAGUUUAAAGAGAUCAGGUUAACUGAGGGCUGUGAAGGGAAUGUGGAGGUUUUCUACAAUGGAUCCUGGGGUAAUGUGUGUUACAACAAGAUGGACAGAGACACAGCGAGUCUGAUCUGUCAAGAGCUGAACUGUGGAAGAUCUGGCAGUGAACCCAGUUAUUCAGAGGGACUGAAGUCUCAAAACUGGCUGGAUGAUUUUAAAUGUCGACGUCAUGAUUCCUCUCUAUGGCAGUGUCCAUCUUCACCCUGGGGACAGAAUGACUGUAAUGAAGUGGCCAAAAUCACCUGCUCAGAGGAGCACACUCAUGAAGUUCCUCGGAGUCGUCUGACAUGUUCCACCUCAGAAUCUCCUCACCGGAGACAGUGUUCAAAUCAUGUUCCUCUCAGACUGAGUGGAGGUUUGGGCCGGUGCUCUGGGAGGCUGGAGGUGUAUCAUAACGCUGUGUGGGGUUCAGUCUGUGCUGAUCUGUGGGACAUCAGCGAUGCUCAGGUGGUCUGCAGGCAGCUGGGUUGUGGAGACGCACUGAGGGCUGAUGGGAAUUCAGUGUUUGGUGCUGGUGAAGGUGUUGUGUGGAUGAACAGAGUCGAGUGCAGAGGGAAUGAGAUUCACCUGUGGGACUGUCCUCACUCCCUGAAGAACCACACUGACUGUUCCCACAAAGAUCACGCUGGACUCACAUGUGCAGAUUUGUCAGUGUCCACUACUCCUGCCACAACAACAUCAGCUUCUCGUCCAGUUUCUCAGACAGUGCGCUCAACAUCAGUCACUCCUCCACAAACUCCUCCAGCAGCGUCUCUCUCUGUGCUUGUGGUUGUACUGGGAGUUUUGCUCGUACUGCUCUUAGUGCCACUGCUUAUACUGGUUCAGCAGAACAGAGUGAUGAGGAGAGAUCUCUCUGACUGGUACACAGGACUACACAGGGCUCCGAGUGAGGAAGUUUAUGAGGAAAUUUAUCACAGACACAAUCAAGUCACUCAUAAAGACAGGGGGAAUGCAAACACACCCGGAUACUAUGAGGAAAUCAUCAUCCAUGUUCAAAAACCAGUUUGUGAGACAGUGGACACACCAGAGGAUUAUGAUGAUGUCAUUAUUAUUGGACAGAAUGCUAUAGAUGUCACAGAGGGAGAUCAGGAGGAGUAUGAUGAUGUGAAGAACAGCAAUGAAGAUAACAGAAACCUGUCCUCACCAACGGUGAAGGCUGACCCACUCAACCACAACACAUGGUCCAGGUACCAGGAGAGGGUUCCUGGAAACGCAGCUGCUGGGGCUUGCUGGGUGUCCAUCUUGGAACACGUUGAACAGCGUUUGAGCUGGGGUGAGGAGAAUACCCAUGCUGAAACUUCUUUGGUCGGUCAAUCUGUCACGGGGCCGGUGGAGUGUAGGCAGAAGAAGGAGAACAAGAGGCGAAUGCUCCAAUGCAAACACUUUAAUUUCACUCAGAAUAGCCAACAGGAACGGAUAUCUGAUUCAAACAAACUGUUAGGCAUGAGCACAGUCUUGCACAAUCCAACUCUCACCACCAUAGACGCCCUAUUGGCCGCUGGAGCGUAUGUCAACGGCGCCGCCAUAUUGGGGACAGCAACUUUCCCAUACCUCUCAUACCGGGAAUUGAGAAAAAUGCCUGUUUGUGUGCUGCUUGGGGCUGGACAAAUCGUCACACAACUGAAAACAGCUUUCGAGGAAGCACCUUUCACAAGGAGCAGAGGAGAAACAGAGUCAGACAAACAGUGUGACGAGCAGAAGAAGAUGGAGGGAUUUCUGACACUCGUUUUACUCUCCUCUAUAGUCACUAUAAACACAUCUGAUUUUGAGACUGUGAGGUUGGUUGGUGGGAACAGUCCGUGUGCUGGUAGAGUGGAGGUUCAUCAUGAUGGUCAGUGGGGAACAGUGUGUGAUUACAACUGGGAUAAGACUGAUGCUGGAGUGGUGUGUAGAGAGAUAGGAUGUGGAGAGGCUGUAGAGGCUGUGGGUAGUGCUCACUUUGGACCAGGAUCAGGACCAAUCUGGAUGGAUGAUGUGAGCUGUAGUGGAUCAGAGUCAACACUGAAGAACUGUAGAUCAAGAGGAUGGGGUGUUCAUAACUGUGGUCAUCAUGAAGAUGCUGGAGUCAGAUGCACUGAAACAAUAAACUUCGGAAGGUCAAGACUUGUGGACGGGUCUCACCUGUGUUCUGGGAGAGUGGAGAUGUAUUGUGGAGGACGAUGGGGUUCGGUGUGUGACGCUGCCUUUGACCAGCAGGAUGCAGAGGUUGUGUGUAGAGAGCUGGACUGUGGGGCUCCUGUACAGGUGCUGGGAGAAGAUGCUUUUGGAAAAGGAGACGCUCAGAUGUGGACUCAAGAGAUUCAGUGCAGAGGAAAUGAAACACACAUUCAACACUGUUCAUCAUCGACCUCACAUAACAUAAACUGCACCCAUGACAACGACGUGGGACUGAUAUGUUCUGGUUACACUGACCUCAGACUGGUCAAUGGUCCUGACAUCUGUUCUGGUCGAGUUGAACGUCAGUUCCUCAGUAAAUGGGGCACAGUGUGUGAUGCAUGCUGGGAUAUGAGAGCUGCCAGUGUCCUCUGUAGACAGCUGAAUUGUGGGAUUGCUGUGUCUGUUGUGGGAUCAGACUGGUUUGGAGAGGGAAGUGGUGAAAUCUGGGCUGAUGUGUUUGAUUGUGACGGGAAUGAAACAAAACUCUCAGAAUGUUCCGUCUCUUCAUGGAGUCGAACUGAAUGUUCUCAUGGACGAGAUGUUGGAGUCAUUUGCUCUAAUUCCUCUCUGUCUGUUCAUGACGGUCUGGUGCGGUUGUCUGGAGAGAGACAGUGUGAGGGGGAGCUGGAAGUUUCCAUCCAUCAGGUCUGGAGGAGAGUUCUGCUGGACUCCUGGAGUCUCACUGAAUCCUCUGUGGUCUGCAGACAGCUGGGCUGUGGCUCUGUGCUGAACUUCUCCGGCUCCUCUUCAUCCAGUCCUGAACACAGUCAUGAGUGUGUGACGGGCUUCCAGUGCUCUGGGAGUGAAGCUCAUCUGGGGAACUGCAGCUCUCCACAAACUCUCAACUGCAGCUCCACACAACAGCUGUCAAUCUCCUGCCUUGGCCGCGGGUCCAUCAGGCUGGUGGGUUCUGGGGGAGACUGUGCAGGGAGGCUGGAGGUUUUUCACAGCGGCUCAUGGGGGACAGUGUGUGAUGACUCCUGGGAUAUUAAAGAUGCCCAUGUGGUGUGCAGACAGCUGCAGUGUGGAGUGGCCCUCAGUAACCAGCAGGUACCAGCCUGGUUUGGUCCUGGUUCUGGACACAUAUGGCUGGAUGAGGUGGAGUGUGAGGGGAAUGAGACGUCCCUGUGGAACUGCUCUUCUCCAGGCUGGGAGAAACAUGACUGUCAACACAAGGAGGAUGUAGGAGUCGUGUGCUCAGAGUUUAAAGAGAUCAGGUUAACUGAGGGCUGUGAAGGGAAUGUGGAGGUUUUCUACAAUGGAUCCUGGGGUAAUGUGUGCUGGAACCAGAUGAACUCAGACACAGCGAGUUUGAUCUGUCAAGAGCUGAACUGUGGAAGAUCUGGUGUUGUGUCUGAUUCUACACCAAGACUGGAAUCAGCUCGUAACUGGCUGGAUGAAGUGAAAUGUCGACCACAUGAUUCAAAUCUGUGGCAGUGUCCAUCUUCACCCUGGGGACAGAAUGAUUGUAGUAAUGAUGAAGUGGCCAAAGUCACCUGCUCAGAGAAGGAGAAUCCUGAAUCUCCUCGGAGUCGUCUGAAAUGUUCCACCUCACCAUCUCCUCACCAGAGACAGUGUUCAAAGCAUGUUCCUCUCAGACUGAGUGGAGGUUUGGGCCGGUGCUCUGGGAGGCUGGAGGUGUAUCAUAACGCUGUGUGGGGUUCAGUCUGUGCUGAUCUGUGGGACAUCAGCGAUGCUCAGGUGGUCUGCAGGCAGCUGGGUUGUGGAGACGCACUGAGGGCUGAUGGGAAUUCAGUCUUUGGUGCUGGUGAAGGAAGUGGUGAAAUCUGGGCUGAUGUGUUUGAUUGUGACGGGAAUGAAACAAAACUCUCAGAAUGUUCCGUCUCUUCAUGGAGUCGAGCUGUAUGUCCUCAGCAUUUUGGAGUGAUCUGCUCUAAUUCCUCUCUGUCUGUUCAUGACGGUCUGGUGCGGUUGUCUGGAGAGAGACAGUGUGAGGGGGAGCUGGAAGUUUCCAUCCAUCAGGUCUGGAGGAGAGUUCUGCUGGACUCCUGGAGUCUCACUGAAUCCUCUGUGGUCUGCAGACAGCUGGGCUGUGGCUCUGUGCUGAACUUCUCCGGCUCCUCUUCAUCCAGUCCUGAACACAGUCAUGAGUGUGUGACGGGCUUCCAGUGCUCUGGGAGUGAAGCUCAUCUGGGGAACUGCAGCUCUCCACAAACUCUCAACUGCAGCUCCACACAACAGCUGUCAAUCUCCUGCCUUGGCCGCGGGUCCAUCAGGCUGGUGGGUUCUGGGGGAGACUGUGCAGGGAGGCUGGAGGUUUUUCACAGCGGCUCAUGGGGGACAGUGUGUGAUGACUCCUGGGAUAUUAAAGAUGCCCAUGUGGUGUGCAGACAGCUGCAGUGUGGAGUGGCCCUCAGUAACCAGCAGGUACCAGCCUGGUUUGGUCCUGGUUCUGGACACAUAUGGCUGGAUGAGGUGGAGUGUGAGGGGAAUGAGACGUCCCUGUGGAACUGCUCUUCUCCAGGCUGGGGGAAACAUGACUGUCAACACAAGGAGGAUGUAGGAGUCGUGUGCUCAGAGUUUAAAGAGAUCAGGUUAACUGAGGGCUGUGAAGGGAAUGUGGAGGUUUUCUACAAUGGAUCCUGGGGUAAUGUGUGCUGGAACCAGAUGAACUCGGACACAGCGAGUCUGAUCUGUCAAGAGCUGAACUGUGGAAGAUCUGGUGUUGUGUCUGAUUCUACACCAAGACUGGAAUCAGCUCGUAACUGGCUGGAUAAAGUAAAAUGUCGACCUCGUGAUUCAAAUCUGUGGCAGUGUCCGUCUUCACCCUGGGGACAGAACUACUGUAGUAAAGAUGAAGUGGCCAAAAUCACCUGCUCAGCGGAAGUGAAUCCUGAGUCUCCUCAGAGUCGUCUGAAAUGUUCCACCUCACCAUCUCCUCACCAGAGACAGUGUUCAAAGCAUGUUCCUCUCAGACUGAGUGGAGGUUUGGGCCGGUGCUCUGGGAGGCUGGAGGUGUAUCAUAACGUUGUGUGGGGUUCAGUCUGUGCUGAUCUGUGGGACAUCAGCGAUGCUCAGGUGGUCUGCAGGCAGCUGGGUUGUGGAGACGCACUGAGGGCUGAUGGGAAUUCAGUCUUUGGUGCUGGUGAAGGAAGUGGUGAAAUCUGGGCUGAUGUGUUUGAUUGUGACGGGAAUGAAACAAAACUCUCAGAAUGUCCCGUCUCUUCAUGGAGUCGAGCUGAAUGUUCUCAUGGACGAGAUGUUGGAGUCAUUUGCUCUAAUUCCUCUCUGUCUGUUCAUGACGGUCUGGUGCGGUUGUCUGGAGAGAGACAGUGUGAGGGGGAGCUGGAAGUUUCCAUCCAUCAGGUCUGGAGGAGAGUUCUGCUGGACUCCUGGAGUCUCACUGAAUCCUCUGUGGUCUGCAGACAGCUGGGCUGUGGCUCUGUGCUGAACUUCUCCGGCUCCUCUUCAUCCAGUCCUGAACACAGUCAUGAGUGUGUGACGGGCUUCCAGUGCUCUGGGAGUGAAGCUCAUCUGGGGAACUGCAGCUCUCCACAAACUCUCAACUGCAGCUCCACACAACAGCUGUCAAUCUCCUGCCUUGGCCGCGGGUCCAUCAGGCUGGUGGGUUCUGGGGGAGACUGUGCAGGGAGGCUGGAGGUUUUUCACAGCGGCUCAUGGGGGACAGUGUGUGAUGACUCCUGGGAUAUUAAAGAUGCCCAUGUGGUGUGCAGACAGCUGCAGUGUGGAGUGGCCCUCAGUAACCAGCAGGUACCAGCCUGGUUUGGUCCUGGUUCUGGACACAUAUGGCUGGAUGAGGUGGAGUGUGAGGGGAAUGAGACGUCCCUGUGGAACUGCUCUUCUCCAGGCUGGGGGAAACAUGACUGUCAACACAAGGAGGAUGUAGGAGUCGUGUGCUCAGAGUUUAAAGAGAUCAGGUUAACUGAGGGCUGUGAAGGGAAUGUGGAGGUUUUCUACAAUGGAUCCUGGGGUAAUGUGUGUUACAACAAGAUGGACAGAGACACAGCGAGUCUGAUCUGUCAAGAGCUAAACUGUGGAAGAUCUGGCAGUGAACCCAGUAAUUCAGAGGGAAUGAAGUCUCAUAACUGGCUGGAUUAUUUUAAAUGUCGACGUCAUGAUUCCACUCUAUGGCAGUGUCCAUCUUCACCCUGGGGACUGACUGUCUUUGAUAAUGAAGUGGCCAAAAUCACCUGCUCGGAGGAGCAGACUCGUGAAUCUCCUCGGAGUCGUCUGACAUGUUCCACCUCAGAAUCUCCUCACCAGAGACAAUGUUCAAAUCAUGUUCCUCUCAGACUGAGUGGAGGUUUGGGCCGGUGCUCUGGGAGGCUGGAGGUGUAUCAUAACGCUGUGUGGGGUUCAGUCUGUGCUGAUCUGUGGGACAUCAGCGAUGCUCAGGUGGUCUGCAGGCAGCUGGGUUGUGGAGACGCACUGAGGGCUGAUGGGAAUUCAGUGUUUGGUGCUGGUGAAGGUGUUGUGUGGAUGAACGGAGUCGAGUGCAGAGGGAAUGAGAUUCACCUGUGGGACUGUCCUCACUCCCUGAAGAACCACACUGACUGUUCCCACAAAGAUCACGCUGGACUCACAUGUGCAGAUUUGUCAGUGUCCACUACUCCUGCCACAACAACAUCAUCUUCUCGUCCAGUUUCUCAGACAGUGCGCUCAACAUCAGUCACUCCUCCACAAACUCCUCCAGCAGCGUCUCUCUCUGUGCUUGAGGUUGUACUGGGAGUUUUGCUCGUACUGCUCUUAGUGCCACUGCUUAUACUGGUUCAGCAGAACAGAGUGAUGAGGAGAGCUCUCUCUAAGAGGAGACACAAGACGACGACUGAGGCCGUUUAUGAGGAGAUUCAUCACAGACACAAUCACUUCACUCAGAGAGUAAGUCUCGUCUCUGAAGAACUGCAUUCUGGGUACGAGGAUGCUGAUGAGAUUCUCUCAGAAAAAGAGUUCAAUACUGCAUAUUAUGAUGAUGUCACCAAUGGCAGUGGCCUGAAAGAAGAAAUGAUGAAGGAAAUCACACCGGGAUAUUAUGAUGAUGUCAUCACUGAUGGACUGAAACCAGACCGUGAGACAGAAUACACACCCGAGAGCUAUGAUGAUGUAAUGACAAGUGGACAGGACUCGGUCAAAAAUGUGGACACACCAGAGCCUUAUGAUGAUGUCAUCAUUAAUGAACAGGUCUUUGAAGAUGUAACCGAGGGAGAUCAUGAGGAGUAUGAUGAUGUGAAGAACAGCAACGAAGAUGAGAGAAACCUGUUGGACUAUGAUGACGUGGAGGAGUCAAAUAAAGGAGGAGGGGCUAUAUGACUUACUGACCACACCCACUUCCUCUUCAUCAAUUCAUAUUAGUUACUGGAGAUAUGGGGGUUUCUUAAACUGCUGUUAAAGAUUCAUGUUUUUGUUAUUCGAAAUGUUUCUUUAUAACAGGUUACAUGCAUUGCAACACAUUUUGUAUUUGUAUUUUAAUAUUUGGCUUAUGCUUUUUUUAUUAUCAAUCAGCGACCUUCAUAGAAGGGGGUCCCCGCGGUUACGUAGAUAUAAAUGUCUCAUUCUAAGGUAAUAAAACAUUAUGGUUUAUUAAGUAUGUUCUUUAUACACCACUGAAAACACAGUUAUGGAUGUCAUAUUGCAUUUCUGUUAAUAGGUACUCACAUUU